AGGAAGCUGGGUCCCAGCCAAUGGCAGUGCAGGCCCCAGCUCCUCCUCUUCCCGGGCUGGGUCGGCACACCCAGCAGGCUCUUUCCUGGGAACGGGAACGGGAUUCAACGGGCUUCUCUGAAAACCUUCCCCAGUUCUGGAUAUGAAAUUCCAGCUGCUUGCUGAGUCCUACUGCCGGCUGCCAGGAGCCAGGAGGGCCCUAAGGAUUAGCCACUCAGUGUUAUUGUUUCCCUGCAGCAGCUGCUGACGCUUGGGUCCACCAUGAACUGGGGGAUCUUUGAGGGACUCCUGAGUGGGGUCAACAAGUACUCCACAGCCUUCGGGCGCAUCUGGCUGUCCCUGGUCUUCAUCUUCCGAGUUCUGGUGUACCUGGUGACAGCCGAGCGUGUGUGGAGUGACGACCACAAGGACUUCGACUGCAACACACGCCAGCCUGGCUGCUCCAACGUCUGCUUUGAUGAAUUCUUCCCCGUGUCCCACGUGCGCCUCUGGGCUCUGCAACUCAUCCUGGUCACGUGCCCCUCGCUGCUCGUGGUCAUGCACGUGGCCUACCGGGAGCUUCAGGAGAAGAAGCAUCAAGAAGCCUAUGGGGAGGAUGGUGGGCGCCUCUACCUGAACCCUGGCAAGAAGCGGGGUGGGCUCUGGUGGACGUACGUCUGCAGCCUGGUGUUCAAGGCCAGCGUGGACAUUGCCUUUCUCUAUGUGUUCCACUCAUUUUACCCUAAAUAUAUCCUCCCUCCUGUGGUCAAGUGCCACGCAGAUCCAUGUCCCAAUACAGUGGACUGCUUCAUCUCUAAGCCCUCAGAGAAGAACAUCUUCACCUUCUUCAUGGUGGCCACAGCGGCCAUCUGCAUCCUGCUCAACCUCAUGGAGCUGAUCUACCUGGUGAGCAAGAGGUGCCACGAGUGCCUGGAAGCAAGGAAAGCCCGAGCCACAUGCACAGGCUAUCACCCACACGGCGCCACCUCUCCCUGCAAACAGGACGACCUCCUUUUGGGAGACCUCAUCUUUCUGGCUUCAGACAGUCAUCCUUCUCUCUUACCAGACUGCCCUCGAGACCACGCGAAGAAAACCAUCCUGUGAGGGGCUGCCUGGACUCAGUUGGCAGGUUGGGCCUGGAUGAGGAGGCUCUAGCAUCUCUCACAGAUUCAACCUGAGAGUGGGGACACUAACCCAUGAGGUAGGGGCAGGCAAGAGAGAGGAUUCCGACAGUCUGGGAUCCAAUCCCUAGUCCUCCCCUCCAGCCACCUGCCAUGGGCCAGUUCCCCUGCGCUCUAUAGCUCGGUUUCCUUUUCUAUAGAAUGGAGAUUGUGAGGGCUAUUGCACAGGGCUAGAGGAAGGAAGAGGGGGUAUUCAUAGAAGAACACACAUGCAGGCACCUUCGUGUGUGUGGCCCACUGUCAGGGCUUAAUAAAAGUCAACUCAUUUGCUGAUUCCA